CCCCUUGAUACCACCGGGACUCUGUUCUGUAAGUGACUUGCAACUUUCACUGCUUCUCGUCCACACUGCAGCCAUCUCAAACCCAGGACACUUUCAAACUACUGCCUUCAACUGCGGGGUUACCAAGGUUCAGUUACAUCUACACUAUUGCUUGGUAUUCCCAUCCAUUGGAGUGGUAUUUGGAUACCUACCUCUAGCUGGCUGAUGCCUCCUGCCUUGUUAGUCCUAGCAGGCUUUCAUCGUGUGUUCAUUUCUAUCUGCCCGUCCAUCAUUCUCAUUUGGUUUUCACCUCACCAACAUGAGUACCGACAGCAACCAAAAUAAUCCCAAACGCGCUCCCUACGUCGUGCGCGAGACUCCAGUACCACUCCCCUCAUACGCUGGUGUGCCCAACAGUCAGACCUCAUCUGCAGCUCCAGCUCCAGCCCCAGCUUCAGCCCCAGCUCCGGCACAAAGCCAGCAACUCCAACAGUCAGGACCACUGAAUGGUCAAUUACUUCUAGAUUCUGCUCUCCCAGCCGUGAAACCAUCUAUCGAACACGCAGAUAAUAGCAGCACAAUGUCGUCGUCAGGCCGGCAACUUAGGAGUCGACGGCCAGCUCCUCCUCCACCCUCGGAGCCGCCUUCGAAGAAACGAAAAGCUACAUCAUCCCGAGCUGCUCCCGAGCCUCCCCAGGAAACAGUCCAACCCGUCUCACCACCCCUGCCACAGGAGGAUGAAGGACAACCAAAAGCUACCCCUAAGCAAAUGCCAAUUCUAAGACCCCCUAGCCAAAGGGGUGGUACGUCGCCGCCACAGCACCCCGACGACAUCUACCGUAUGCCACCUCUCCCACCCUACCUCUCCGUCCAGCCGCGCAUCUGUGAGCCGGCCGACAACUACCGGGGCUGGACCACCCCCUUAGAAUUCAGCUACAAGAUGAACGUGCACCCGCUCACCUUCUACGGCUCCUUCGACAUCUGGUUCGAGCAGGUCCAAAAGAUGGCCGAAGCUAGCAACUGUUCAAUAGAGCUGAAUACGCGCAUCGGCAAGUUUCCCGACCCGGGCACCGUCGAGGCCUUCAUCUGCCAGAUGCGCUUCCUGAGCUGCUGGCGGAUCCUACACGGCACCAUCUCGGGCGCCUACUGGGCCUACAUGCGCGUGCUGGGCUACAGCCGGAUCCCAGUGUUUACGGGCGCGCCUGACGGGGGCAAUGGCGAGCAAUCCGGCGGGUGUCAGUGGCAGCCCCAGCCGAGCGACUGCGUCUACUUUGCCUUGGAGGUCAAGAAGCGCGUGACGGUGCCCAACUCGGAGCAGCAGCCGCGGUACCAGACCAUGAGGAUGGUGGAGGAGGUGCGGUCGGCCAAAGUGACGGACUACCCGAGCGUUCAGCAGUACAAGGAGGGCAUGGCAUGGCUAAAGGAGGUGUUGAAUGGCAUGAUCCUCAAGGGUGACAGGCAGGUAUGCGAGUCCAUGUAUGAUCGGAAACCGGACUGGGCGCCGGAGUGGCCGGAAGUGCCAGCGGGCGGCGAGGUGGAACCUCCUUGGGCACUUAAAGGAAGCCCGUUACGAGCGGAGGAUGCGUUCAGCGGUUCCAAUGGAUCAGCGGGAGUAGUAAGCAGUUCAAAAAACGCCGGCCACAUCGGGCAACAACAUCAACCUCAACAAGCACAAUCAACCUUUCAAAUUGACCCAAGACUUCAAGCAGGCCCUCCAGACCACCACCACCAACAACAACCAAACAACCACGCAAUAGCCCGCCUAGCACCAAUGAGCGCCUCUUCCAGUGACGGCGGCUACAGCUACGGCGGCGACGGAUCAGUAGACUUUGCCAACAGCAGCAACAACCUAAUCUUCAUGGACGGCACAACCGCCAGUGCAGUCGCCGUCGCUGCCGCUGAAGCGCACGGCCUAGGCGUAGGCGGUCCUAGCAGAAUCUUGCAGCAGCAGGAAAACAACGAUAGCAACAACCAACAAUAAUGUGAAGAGCGAUUUCAGCUAGUAGCGACGAAAUGGCGAGCAAGGCACCGACAACGACAAGUUCCGUCGCUAACGUGUGGGGAUAAUCAUUCGAAUUGAGGGAAGAGAGGUGCCACUGGUACUGGUCAAAAUCGGCGGGGCGGGGG